AUGUUUUUACAAUUUCAAUUAACAGUCAAUGUCACAGCAGUAGUCUUGAUGUUUAUAUCUGCUGUGUCAAGCAGUGAUCAAAAGUCUGCUCUUACUGCUGUACAACGAUUAUGGGUUAAUCUUAUCAUGGAUACUCUUGCCGCAUUUGCACUUGCUACUGAUUCAUAG